AUGAACGCAUCGCUGACCAUUGACCAGCUGCUGAGAGCGGCACAGUUGUUGGAGCGCUCAAAUCCCCUGCUCAAUUCGUUGAACGAUAUUGGCAUGUACAAGUUGGGGCAAGAUUAUCAAGACCACUACCUCCAACCCAAGAUUAUGAACUUGGAUUCGGGGAAUUUCAACGGCUUCAACUCGAGUGGAUCGUCCCACAGAUCCUCGCCGUCCUCCCUCUCCAACCAAUCAAACUCCUCGCACUCGACUGCACCCAGUUCACCUUUGGUCCACCAAUCGAGUCGAGGAAACUCGCAUUCUACAAGACAGAGCAGGUGAGAUACCUUAACAUCUUAUUCAUACCACCCACAAUCAAAUUUAUUCAAACGUUAUCGGGUUUACGUAGAAGAAUUUGGCAUUUUUGGGUUAUAUGAUCCGAACGUCACUUCCCAAUGUAUAAUGGACUUGUUCUCAUUAGUCGGAGCACGCUUUCCCCCCACACUUCCGUAGGUAAACGAUGGGGUAACAUGUUGUUGUUGCUCGUAUUACGUAAUUCAACUCGGAUGGGAGCAGACAUGCUUAUUUUUGCUUCAUAAAUAAUUUGUGGGCCGAAUUGUGGGACCAAGAUGUGUUGUUCCGGCCCUCGGGUCCCUUCCCUCCCCGCUCUAUACGAAAAACAAAGUCUGCAGGCCAUUCGGAUCCGAAUUUUGGGGCCGUUUUUUAUACUCGGCGGCGGCAUGAAACGCACGUGCACUCACGUGGCCCACGUGUCUUUUCGAAAGCCGCGGGGCACACACCAAUUGUGCACGCAGCGAAAAAGAGAGGAAAAGAAAUCGGGGAACCGUCCGUGCGCCCUGCCGUGAUCAUUAGGCGCACAUUAACCACAUGCUCCCCGCUUCGACCAGUUUUAUUUAUUUCGCACACAGAAUUGGGGCUGGGUCAAAGGUUGGCGGGGGUGAUUCAUGGACAAGAGGGAGAGGAGAAGUCUCCUGACUCUCAUAGAGCCCUAAAUUGGGCGAAUAGUUCUAAUGGAAUUCGGUGACGCAUUCACAAUCAAAAAGCCCAUAAAGACCGAGAAAUACAGGGUGCAAUGAGUCAAAUAAUGAAUAAAAUUUCGUAGAAAAUUUGUAGCCAGAUUAAUUAAGUCAUUUGAAGAGUAGAGUAGAGUCAAUUCAAGUGUUAAAAUACAAUUUAUUCAAGUCAUUUCGAUUACAGAGCUGCCCACAAUGAGCUGGAAAAGAAUCGUCGUGCCAAUCUCCGCAAUUACCUCGAACAUUUGAAGUCCGUCCUUCCUCCAGACUGUGAAUCUUCCCGCGACACGACAUUGUCGCUUCUUACAAGGGCCCGCAAUUUCAUUCGGGUAAGGUUUAGCGCUAAUUUAUUUUAAUUAAUCCGAAAUUUUAACGGAUUUGGAAAGAAAAAACAGUUUUCAACGGAUUUGGAGGAAAAAGCAAAGUUCAAAGAAUCCAAAAAUUUCAAAAGACAAUAGAAAUUGAAUUUGGAGAUCACACAGUAAUCUUAUUUGUUUACAGGUUGUGAAAGAACGUCAAACUCAACUGAAUGAAGCAAAAAAAGCCCUCGAAUCCGAAAACGAAGCCUUGGAAAAGGAGUUGGCCGCUCUUGAAGAGGUUGAGCCUUUGAUCGCUGAUGAGCCCAAGCAAGAAGAAGCUAUUGCUCAACCUACCAUCUUCAUCUCCUCUCCGAUGGAGCUGAAACAAGAGCCCUUGACUUCGAAUGUCUUUGAUUUCGGGCCCAAAACCGACCUCAUCGCUCAACUCAACGUGCUACAACAGUUGAACCAGUUGAACAACAAACUGUUGCAACAGCAGCAACAUGUGAUCUACAAUCCGAAUCUACGUCCCACCCCUAUCGAUCUCCUGAAUGAGGGGCUUCUCCCGCAACUGCCCCUUCUCUAUCCCUACCCUCAUCUGCAAGGAUCACUCAGUUAA